GAGCAUUCUUCGACGAGAGUGAUGAUCCGACCCCUAAUUUUUUUUUUCUCGUUUCUGCUUUUACUCGUCUCUAAUUCUGCCGAGCAAGGUCACGAAGACCGAUCCGGACUCGCAAUCAUGUUGCACUGCGUCUUCAUCCUCUCCGACACCGGGGUUUUGGGAAUGCAGGGAAAUUAUGCUGGAGAAACAUUGGAUGGGACACCAGGUGGAUCGCUCUAUUUGUGCUUGGUUCUGGAAACAGGCACAUCCUUCGGAGAGGCAAGAGACCAUACAGGUGCCAACAGUUGUGGCUGCCCCCACGUAUUAUGUGUUGCAUAUUGUUCGUGAAGGUAUUACCUUCUUGGCUUGUGCAAAGACAGAGAUGCCUCCUUUGCUCGGCAUUGAGUUUUUGGGCAGGGUAGCAGAUGUCCUAACAGAGUACUUGGGUGGCCUUAAUGAGGAUUUGGUCAAGGAUAACUUCGUCAUUAUCUAUCAGCUUUUAGAUGAGAUGAUGGACCACGGAUUCCCAUUGACCACGGAGCCGAGUAUUCUUAAGGAGAUGAUACUGCCAGCUAACUUGGUCAGUAGAGUAAUCAGUGUGGUAACUGGCACCUCCACAACUUUGAGCAGCACCCUCCCCUCUACCACUUCAUCGAGUGUACCUUGGCGAGCAAGUGGUAUCAAGCAUGCCAAGAAUGAGGUCUACUUUGAUCUCGUUGAAGAAAUGGAUGCCACAGUGAACAAGGAUGGAUUUCUUGCCAGAUGUGAAGUCUACGGGGAGGUGCUCGGUUCAUCACGGCUUUCGGGUAUGCCAGAUGUGUCUUUGACGUUCACAAAUCCCUCGAUUUUGAAUGAUGUCAGCUUUCAUCCAUGCGUCCGGAUUCAAGCAUGGGAAAGCAACCAAAAGCUUUCCUUUGUGCCUCCAGAUGGCUCUUUCAAGCUCAUGAGUUACAGGAUCAAAAAUCUCAAGAAUACGCCUAUUUAUGUAAGGCCACAGUUCAGUUCCGGCGGAGGAGUGGUGACAGUUACUGUUAUGGUGGGAAUUCGAGCCAAUGUUGGCAAGCCUGUAGACAAUAUCACGCUUCAGUUGGUGUUACCUCCGUCUGUAGCUUCUUCAGACUUGACAGCAAAUCAUGGCUCGGUCUUGCCGAACCACACCACAAAGGUUACUACUUGGACUAUCGGCCGGAUUCCCAAAGACAAGGCACCAUGUCUUAGUGGAAAACUGCAGUUAGAAGCUGGCCUCGAACGACUACGGGAGUAUCCAACUUUUCUGGUCGGAUUUAAGAUCAUGGGGGUUGCUCUUUCUGGUUUAAGAUCCGACAGAGUUGACAUCAACCGUGUUGAUUACUCCGCUUACAGAGGUUUUCGUGCUGUAACUCGGGCUGGAAACUAUGAAAUACGAAGCUGAGUGUAUGAACUGUUUUCUAUCUUAGAAACGGUUCGUGAGAAUACAGAUGUCGCAUAGGCCCUUGUAUAUUUUAAUUGAACUUUUUUGUGACAACUGCCAUCAUUCAUUCGAUUCGAUUCGAUUUGAUUAUAUGGCCCGAUGGGGGUUUUUUGUAGUCCUGGUUUGGAGUCUAUGGAGGCUUUUCUGAGUUGAAGUUGUUAGCGAGACAUAUUGUCUACGAAGUCACAAACACGUGAGAUAAUCCUCAAAGUGAUAUUCUACAUUUUACUAAGUUAGCUGCUCUUAGGGAAUUUGUGGGACUUUAAUGGCUUCCUCCACUUGUCCCCAUAAGCAAGUUAAGAUGCUCUGGACGCUACAGUUCACAAAGCUGGUCAACUUUUCAGCAUUGGUGCUAUUUCUACCCAUUGCUUGAAAGACGCACAAAUAAGACUUCGGUGGAUGAAUUUGCAGUGGAGAAGAAUAGUCUGAUAAACUUUGUUAUAUAUCAGCUGUAACUAAAACUUGAUGAAGAUUUCGAAGAGUG